CCCACAGACGAGAGCACGCCAGGCCCUCCCGCCUUCCACGGCCUCCCUAACCACGGGUUAGGAUGAUGUUUUAGGAGAAGGAGAGCGUCCCCUUUCCUCCCUCGGCCUCGGACCCAGGAAGGGAAGGCCUGGUUUUGGGGGCCGGCCAGGCCGAGGCCUUCAGCGGCGGUUGCCUAGCAACGCUCCCCCGGCGCCGCCAUCUUGGCGCCCUGGAGCCCGGACGCCGCCGACGCCGCCCUCAUCAUCAUCCUCGUCGCCCUCCGGCUGGCCGGCCUGUCAGGAGGCUGGGGCUCCGGGGGACGGCCCCGCCGUUUGGGCGACCCGAGAGUCGGGCCAGUGGACGGAGGGGGCGACAACCCCCUCUCCAGCGCCGCCGCCAUGCUGGUGCCCGUCUUCACCCUCAAGCUCAGCCACAAGAUCCUGCCCCGCAUGGUGGCCCUGGGCAAGUACGACGGGACCCACCCGUGCCUGACGGCGGCCACCCAGGCCGGCAAGGUUUUCAUCCACAACCCUCAUGCCCGUGGCCAGCGUGUCAGUGGAAACCGCUUGGUGUAUAGUACCCAGGAUGCUGAUAUUUCUCUCCUGAACAUGAACGAGGCAGUCAGCUGUUUGACUGCCGGGGUGCUGAACCCCGACCUUGGCUGUGACACCCUUCUCGUUGGCACGCGGACCAGCCUGCUGGCGUACGAUGUGCACAACAACGCUGACUUGUUUUAUGCUGGGGUUCCCGAUGGAGCAAACACAAUAGUGCUCGGAAUGUUAGGAGAUAUUUCCUCGCCUCUUGCUAUCAUUGGUGGAAAUUGUUCCUUGCAAGGUUUUAAUCAUGACGGAAAAGAUCUUUUCUGGACGGUCACAGGCGACAAUGUUCGUUCACUGGCCUUGUGUGACUUUAAUGGCGAUGGAAAAAAAGAGCUGCUUGUCGGAUCUGAGGAUUUCGACAUCAGGGUUUUUAAAGAAGAUGAGAUUGUCGCAGAAAUAUCAGAAACCGAGACCGUCACUGGGCUGGCCACCAUGGGUGGUAGCCACUUUGGCUACUCCCUCUCUAAUGGAACAGUUGGCAUUUAUAACCAGACGACCCGACAUUGGAGAAUUAAAUCGAAAAACCAGGCAGUGAGCAUACAUGCAUUUGAUAUCAACUCUGAUGGUGUGUGCGAGCUGAUCACCGGCUGGUCCAAUGGGAAGGUCGAUGCCCGCAGUGACCGGACUGGCGAUGUCAUCUUCAAGGAUAAUUUUGGUUCCUCAGUGGCAGGAAUAAUUGAGGGAGAUUACCGGAUGGAUGGCCACACACAGUUAAUCUGCUGCUCAGUGGAUGGGGAAGUGCGAGGAUACCUUCCAGGAAGCCAAGAGAUGAAGGGGAAACUGCUAGACACAAGCGCGGAUCAAGACCUGAUUCGAGAGCUCAGCUUGAAGAAACAAAACCUACUCCUUGAGCUGCGAAACUACGAGGAAAAUGCAAAGCAAGUGGAACCAAAGGCUCAAACGAACGAGGUGGACGGGCAAAAAGGCGUGAUUCCGGCAAACACCCAGCUCAAAACGUCGCUCUCGGUCAACCUGGGAUCAGACAGCGAAUCUGCUCACGUGGAGUUAUGCAUUUCCACCUCUAACGACACAAUCAUCCGAACAGUAAUCAUCUUUGCGGAGGGAAUAUUUGAAGGCGAGAGUCAUGUGAUCCAUCCUAGUCUUCCAAACCUUUCACGCCGCAUUAAAGUUCCUCUCACGCCUCCCAAAGAUGUCCCGGUGGAGCUGAACAUCAAGGCUUUUGUCGGCUACAAGAAUAGCACACAGUUCCACGUCUUUGAGCUGUCAAAGCAGCUUCCUCGCUUCUCCAUGUACACACUGAGCAGCCCGGAUUCUGCUCCUGGACCGCUGAGCUUUGUACGAUUCUCAGUCAGUGACAGAGUGCAAAUGGUCACCGUGUGGCUAAAGCAGAGCUUCCUGUUACCAGAAGACAUGGAGAUCCUCAGUGAGCCCUUCCAAGUCUGCUUCACCUCCCUGCGCGACGCAGGGCAGCUCUGCAUCCAGACGAAGCCCACCGGAGAGAUCACCAUUAACACUGACAACAUUGAUUUGGCUGGGGACAUUAUCCAGUCAAUGGCGUCCUUUUGGGGAAUUGAAGAUUUGCAGGUGGAAGCAGAUUUUCCAGCGUAUUUUGAGGAGGUGCGCAAGGCCCUAGUUGUGGUGGAUAAUUCUCACACGGUCUGUCAGAAGCUCACUGCCAACAUGGCUGAUAGUUCCAACUUUAUCCGUAGCAUUCUGGUACGAGCAGAGGAUUCUCGUCUGAUGGGAGACAUGAAAAAUAUGAAGAGACGAUACAUGGAACUGUAUGAUCUCAAUAGGGAUUUGCUGUCUCAGUACAAAAUUCGCUGCACCAAUCACACAGAGCUCCUUAGUAACCUGAAGGCAAUAAACCAGGCCAUCCAAAGAGCAGGACGCCUGCGGGUUGGCAAGCCCAAGGCGCAGGUGAUUGCAGCUUGUCGGGACGCUAUUAAGAACAACAAUGUCAACACGCUAAUCAAAGUAAUGCGCGUGGGAACAGCUUCCUCUUGAUCAAGGAAAGGACCGAAGCACAACCUAGAUGGACGAUCACUGUAACUGGAGGCCACCGCAAUGAGAUACAGACCAAAGAACGGUUUAGCGGCAGCUAGGUGGUAGCAUACGCUGGUUAGGUCAGAUCCGCUGUAAGUGACUGAGUGGUAAGCCAAAAUCCAGCCAAGGAGAACGCAAGCCGACGCUCCCAUGAAGGGAAAUGACUGUGGUGGACGGUGUGUGGAGCCUGAGCUCUCUGCCAGUCACAGAGAAGAGACAGGAGAAAAACUGAGCUUCUAUAUGAACAUCGUGCGAGCAAAGAGAUCUUAUGGCAUUCCCUGGAAAGUGCUACAGCCUGGAAAAGUUCCAAGGUCUGGAGCUUAAGAUAGUUUACGUAGUCAGGCAAAGGCUUUCUUAAAUCAGAGAUAAUCUGCCACUGUUACUCUCUUCAAUAAAACAAAUAGACCUCAACUUCCCUCUGGUUUCCACUUUUGAGAAAUCUGCUUGUGAUACUUUUGUUCUCCAGACAGGAUGAUGAGGAACGCAAAUGCAGUGUUGCAUGGGGAGGGGGUGAGGGGGUGAAAAGGCAUGUUAAAACUCACGUUCCAUCAUGUUUAUAGGUCAGAACCCUGUGGUUACAAAUCACCUGGAGACAUUCCUAUUUGGCCAAGGUAAAUUAAAAGGUAGCAUUUAGGUUUUUGUUUUGUUUUACGGCAGCUUUUACAUUCAGCUGGAGUCAGUCUUUGGUUUCGGUGUGAU